GCCUGCAGCUCUGAAGAACCCCUGCGCCGAGGUGACCUGCAGCUACGGCAGCACCUGCGUCCAAUCAUCGGACGGCCUGUCAGCUAAAUGCAUGUGCCCCCUCAGCUGCGAUGACAAGCCCGAUCAGACGGUGUGCGGCAGCGACGGGAAGGACUACCGUAACGAGUGUGAGCUCCACCAGCAAGCCUGCAAGAACCAGAAGAACAUCCGGGUCCAAUUCCACGGACCCUGCGACCCGUGUAAAGACAGCGAGAACAGCCUGAACACCAUCUGCCGAGUCCAGGCUGUCACACGCCAGCCGCAGCUCUACAAACCACCAGAGUCAUGCCGACUAGAACCCGAGCCUCUGUGCGCCAGCGACGGCCACACCUACCCCAGUGAGUGCGCCAUGACGGCCACCGGCGUGCAGAAGGGCAUCAGCCUCAGGAAGAUCCACGCCGGAGCGUGUGGAAAGUUGGAGGUGUGCAGAGAAGACUGCCAGUUCAACGCCGUGUGUGUGGUGGAGCAGAGCGGCGCCCGCUGCUCCUGUGAUCCAAUCGAGUGUGAUGAGACCUACAAGCCGCUGUGCAGCAUGGACGGGAGCACUUUCCCCAACAACUGCUUGCGCCGCAAGGCCGAGUGCCUCAGCAAGAGCCUGAUCAGGACCAAGCAGCUGGGGCCCUGCGAUCUAGAUGCUCCGAGCCCCUGUUUGAUGAAGACAUGCACACACGGCGCCAUGUGUGUGGUGAAGAACGACAAGCCGGUCUGUGAGUGCACCGAGGCCUGCACCCUGAUCUCUGACCCCGUCUGCGGGUCUGACGGCCAGAGCUACCGAAGCCCCUGCGAGAUGCGAGCGAUGGGUUGCACUCUGCAGAAGGACAUCCGCAUCCAGCACAAAGGACCGUGUGGUGAGUCAAAACACUGCAGAACACACAUAAAGGUCAAAGGUCACGCCUAA